AUGAAGCUUAAUGAAGAAAAGAGGUAUGCUCUGCUACUAGCAGCAAGAGACUCAGACUAUGUCAAGAAGGUCUAUGGCGGGUACUUCAAUGUCUUUCUCGCCGCCUUCGGCGAAGAAGGAGAGAAAUGGGACUUAUUCCGGGUAGUCGACGGCGAGUUUCCGACCACGAGUGAGCUUCAAGAUUACGACGGCUUUAUUAUCAGUGGUAGCUCGUUUGAUGCUUAUGGCAAUGACUAUUGGGUACUCAAGCUCUGCUUUCUGUUGAAAAGCGUAGUCGCCAUGAAAAAGAAAGUUUUGGGUAUUUGUUUUGGUCACCAAGUUCUGUGCAGAGCUUUGGGAGGAAGGGUAGGGAAAGCUUACAGUGGUUGGGAUUUGGGGUUGAGAAAAGUGAGAAUUGUAAAGGAUUUGUUUCCUUGUGGCGUUCUUGAUGAAUUGACUGAAGUCCCGCAGGCACUUUCGAUCAUUGAAUGUCAUCAAGAUGAGGUUUGGGAGGUUCCGGUGGGAGCUGAAGUGGUUGCAGAAUCGGAUAAAACUGGGGUGGAGAUGUUUAUUAUGGCAAACCAUGUUCUGGGCAUUCAAGGUCAUCCUGAAUAUACCAAAGAUAUUCUGAACAAUAUCAUUGAUCGUCUUCUCCGUAAUGAGUCCAUAGAGAGAAGUUUUGCUGAAAAUGCGAAGUUGAAGGUACAGAUGGGUGAACCAGAUAGGAAGUGUUGGGAGAAGAUCUGCAGAGGCUUUCUCAAGGGGAGGUGGAAUCACCAAAUUGUUGUUUGA